AUGAGAGGGCAGACUCUCUGGCAAAAGUGGGGGCUGUACGGUUCUACAUUAGAAUCAUAUCUUGUACCUUGGGCAUCGUGGGGAAAAAGGAAGAGAACUGGCAACACGGGAGAGGAGUCGAGGGACAAGAAAGAGGAGAAACGGGAUUCGGGAAAAGCGUCUGUGCGUGUUCGGAACGGCCGGAAGAUCUGGAAGCAGAAAACGGAUAUCCACGGGAAAGCAGGACCUUACAACUGGCGACGAGGUGAAAAGGAAUCACAGGGAACCAAGAUGGAUGAAAGUCGACCGUUACCUAUGUUCAGAUGUGAACAAAUCGAAAACAACAAAUUGGCAAAAGAAUGGCGUGAGUGGAAGGAUUCGCUGGAGUUUUAUUUCGACUCGUACCAAAUAACUGACCAGAAAAUCAAACGUUCAAAAAUGUUGCACUUUGGUGGCCCUCAAUUACAGAAAGUUUACAAAAGUUUGGAAGGCACCGAGGAUUUCCCUUUGGUUAUGUUGGAAAAACCUUGGUAUGAUACAGCAAUUAGUCGUUUAGAUGCUUAUUUCAAACCACGCCGCCAAGAUGUGCUGGAAAGGCACAAGUUGAGAACAAUGAGGCAAGGUAACAAUGAGAGUUUUGCUCAUUACGUUUUGCGUUUACGCCAACAACUGAUGGACUGUGGACUCGAAAAAUAUUCGAAGGAGGUUCGCAUUGUAUUGGAGGAGAUAAUGCUCAUCGAUGUUAUUGUGGAAGGAUGCAACUUACCGGAGCUUCGAAGAAAGAUUCUUGAGAAGGAUCAGUCAUUGUCAGAUAUUGAGGCCAUGGGAACAUCGUUGGAGAGUGUUCGACAUCAAGAAAAGGAGUUCAAAGUCGGAACCAACAAUGGUGAAGUUGGACAUGCAUCGGUCUGUAAAGUUGGAACAUGGAAACCAAAAGUGGAACGCCAGCAAGGACGGAUUAUGAGAAAAAUUACUCUUGGCCCUCGUAAAAUUGCCGGUAACGAAGCCGAAGUUAUCUGCUAUAGUUGUGGACGCCAUGGGCAUAUUUCAACAGCACCAUCCUGCCCGGCAAGAGAUCUACCUUGUCGAAGAUGUCAGAAGGUUGGCCAUUUCGAGAAGGUCUGUCGGAAACGUGUUUUUAAUUCUCGAAGACCUGACUUUUCAAAGAAAGUGGACGCAAUAGCGGUGGAUGAAAACAUGUCGAAACGGGACAUUGAACCAUCCAAAACAUCAUCCGAAUCCGAAAAAAGGGUUUGCUAUACGUUUUACACGGGAAGUAAUACUAACGUGUUCCAGUGCAAAAUCGGAGGUGUUACAACGGAAGUGUUUAUUGAUUCGGGUUCAGAGGUAAACCUAGUAACAUCCGAGACAUGGGAAAAGCUGAAAGCUCAACAAGUUAACGUGACCAAAUGUGAAAAAGGAAGCAAUAAAAUCCUCAAGGCCUAUGCUAACAAUGAACCACUCAAUAUCCUGGGGACGUUCGAAGCCAUAAUUGAGAUCGGGAAGCGUUUAACACAAUGCAAAUUCUUCGUUGUCGCAGGUGGACAACGAAAUCUUUUGGGAGACGAGACCUCGAAGAACUUAGGAAUAUUGCGAAUCGGCUUGGAAGUAAACCAGGUAACCGACAAAACGGACUUGAAGAGUUCCCCGUUUCCUAAGAUAUCGGGUGUUCAAGUUCGUGUUCUUAUGGAUCCCAAGAUGGUUCCAAUCUUUCAACCGUUGAGGCGAGUGCCUAUUCAUCUUGAAGCAGCAGUGACAGAGAAGCUAGAUGAGCUACUGAGACGGGACAUAAUCGAAGCCAUGAAAGGACCGGCGACAUGGGUUUCGCCACUUGUUGUCGCGAAUAAGGCGAACGGAUCUAUAAGGCGGUCAUCCGUGAUCGGCAUCCGAUCACCGCUUCAAGCGUCUGAAGACGUUCUAGCCAGGAUUGGAAGAGGAAAGAUUUGGAGUGUGUUGGAUGUUAUGGAUGCGUUUUUUCUGUUGGAGCUGGACGAAGAAACAAGAAAUAUCAUGACGUUUAUCACUCAUCGUGGACUUUACCGCUUCAAGCGUCUUCCUUUUGGUCUUGUGUCUGCACCGGAGAUUUUUCAACGGACUAUGGACGAAAUAUUAGCGGACUGUGAGGGCGCCUAUUGGUACCUUGACGAUGUAGGUGUCGAAGGAAGUACAGUUGAAGAACACGAUGUUCGUUUGAAUAAGUCUAAUAUCGCCGAUGUGAUGUCCCGACUGUCCACUGCAUCUCCGAUGCCUUUUGAUGAAACAGAAGAGUUUGUGGUUCGAGAGAUUGUUUCAGCUGCUGCUUAA